UUUUCUGUGGCCCGGCUCCGCUAACCCUGCUCGGGUCUGUGUAUCUGCGCUUUCGGCCCUGCUGUGCCUGGGCGAGGAGGCCGUUGUUGGCUCGCGGGCCCCCGGCGCGGUUGUCAGGGCCUGGUGCUGGGACUGACCGCCUUGACCUCCCUCCCGACUUCUCCGCCUCAGAGGUCCCUGGGAGCGGCUGCGGCCCUCCGGGGACUCGGCCCGGGGCAACCAGGGGCCCAUCCCCGCUCGGGGCUCGGAUGGGAGGCGGCGGGAGGUGCGGUCUGGCAUGUUCAGUCUGAUGGCCAAUUGCUGCAGCUGGUUCAAGCGGUGGCGGGAGCCCAUCAGAAAGGUGACUCUUGUGAUGGUGGGACUUGAUAAUGCUGGUAAAACGGCAACGGCAAAGGGAAUCCAAGGAGAGUAUCCUGAAGAUGUAGCUCCUACUGUUGGCUUUUCCAAAAUUGACCUUAGACAAGGAAAGUUUGAAGUCACCAUCUUUGACUUGGGAGGUGGAAAAAGAAUUCGGGGAAUCUGGAAGAACUACUAUGCUGAGUCCUAUGGGGUGAUAUUUGUUGUGGAUUCCAGUGAUGAAGAGAGAAUGGAAGAGACAAAAGAGACAAUGUCGGAAGUGCUAAGACAUCCUAGGAUAUCGGGAAAGCCUAUACUGGUGUUGGCAAAUAAACAAGACAAGGAAGGGGCUUUAGGAGAAGCUGAUGUGAUCGAAUGCCUGUCUCUGGAAAAAUUGGUCAAUGAGCACAAGUGCCUAUGUCAAAUAGAACCUUGUUCAGCAGUCUUGGGAUAUGGAAAGAAAAUUGACAAGUCCAUUAAAAAAGGCCUUUAUUGGCUGCUACAUAUCAUUGCAAAAGACUUUGAUGCCUUAAAUGAACGCAUCCAAAGGGACACAACAGAACAGCGUGCUCUUGAAGAACAAGAGAAACGAGAAAGGGCUGAACGAGUGAGAAAAUUACGAGAAGAGAGAGAACAAGGAGAACGAACGCAGGCGGAACUGAAUGGAACCAGCAGCCUAGCUGAGUUGGACCCUGAACCAAUUAUUGUUAAUCCUUUCCAGCCAAUAGCAUCUGUCAUCCUUGAGAAUGAAAGAAAACUUGAAAAAGAGAAAAAGAGACAAAAUAUGGAGAAAGACAGUGAUGGCGGCCCCCUGAAACAUAAAUUGGAGGAUGAGCAAAUAGAGACACAGAGCCAGAUCAGUGACAGUAGCCAAAAAAACAAUGAGCUUGGAAUAGUAGAAAAUUAUAAGGAGGCAUUAACACAGCAGUUGGAGAAUGAAGAUGAUACAGACCAGCGAUCAUCAGAAUCAGAUAACAGUAAAAAGAAAACUAAGAAACUAAGAAUAAAAAGGAGUCACCGUGUAGAACCUGUUAAUACAGAUGACUCUGCUCCUAAGAGUCCAACACCACCCCCACCUCCUCCUCCUGUUGGCUGGGGAACCCCCAAAGUCACUAGACUUCCAAAACUUGAGCCUCUUGGUGAAACACGUCAUAAUGAUUUCUACGGAAAGCCACUGCCUCCCCUGGCUGUGCGACAGAGACCUAACAGUGACUCUCAUGAUGCGGUUUCGUAACCGAGUCACGUGCGUGCACUCUUUUAAUGCAGGCAAGAUCAACUAGAGGACCUUUUCUCAGAGAGGAAAAACCCUAAACAUUGAUGACUGGGGCAAGAUAACUAUAGCAAUUUCAGUAAGGAGAUGAAUAGCCAAAGACCUGACUGAUCUGACAAUUAUCCAUGUUAUUAACUUUAAAAAAAAAAAAAAAAAAAAGGAAGCAAAAUGACCAGUAGAUGGGAUGAGCAUUUGAAUCAAGUUAGCAGGAGUUACUGUUGACUCUGGAUUUUACA